GCAGGGCCGGGGGAGCCCCGCGGGUCCGCGCCGGCUCUCGAGGGAGGCGGCCGCCCCGGGAGAGGGCUUUAAGCCUUUGUCUGUCGGCCCUGAGGAGGAAGGAGCUACCCGGAGGAGGAGAAAGGCAGCUCGGAGGAGGUGGGGGGCAGCGUGCCCCUUUUGCAGACCCCGCUCUGCUGUGGUUGCCGCCCCUGCCUGCCUGUGCGCCCUUCCCCCGGCCCCAGAGCACCGCGUACCUCUCCCCAGUAGCCACCCGCUGCCUCUGAUCGCUGCUGCAGACGGGCAGCUUUGCACCCAUGCCCUGUGGAAAAUCCCUGUUCCCCAAAACAACACCGUGAUUUUGCCCCUCCUGCACACCCCCCUGCCUGGCUUCGGGCGUGCUGGCAGCGCUCUCCAGGGUUCGCCCUAAGACUGUCUACCUAUGCCCCCCCCAGCAUCCCGGGCUGGGCAGGAGGGCAGCCACUGACCAGUGCUGUGGUUCGUCCACAGAUCUGGGGGUACGGAGAAGGGGACACUCCUCGCAUCCAAGAGGAACGUAUGCAGCCAUAUAAUUAACUGUUUUCUGUGGUUUGUGCUGUCCUGCCUGGCAUGAUCGUGCCGAGAGCGCUUCGCCCCUGACAGCGCUUCAGGAGCGCAAGAAACCAAAAAGCAUGGAGCUCUGCACUAGGAUGAGUCCCGUAACCUCCACAGCUUGGUACAGCCAUGGGAGGAAUACAGAGCUGAGUGGUCGGAAGAGAAAAUAAGUAGCCAAGAAGGAUUCCUGAUUGCUGAACCUGACGUGACUGCCUGGAUGGACCAAGGAGAAGAACAAGAUCGUGAGGCCUUGGAGGAGACACACAUGGGUGGUGAGUUAAGUCCCCUUCCAGACCACCUCACAAGUGCAGAUCUGCAGGACAUGUUGGCAGUGGGCUCCAGAGGAGGAGAGGAACAGCUGGGGGACAGCCGUGGAAGCCGGCAUGAUUCCUCAGAGGCUCAGCAAGGUGGCUGUGAGGAGGAAGAGGAGGCGAAGCUGCCUUGCUCUGAUAUCAGCCUGGUGAAAAGACGGGUGAGAAGGGUGGCAGCAGCCUCACGGCGAGCCCCUCGCGCAGAGCGGCCCACCAUCUGCUCUGAGUGUGGCAAGGGCUUCAGUCGGAGCAUCCACCUCAUCCAGCACCAGCGAAUGCACACUGGGGAGCGCCCGUUCCUGUGCGGGGAGUGCGGCAAGGGCUUCAGCCAGAGCUCCCAUCUCAUCCAGCACCGGCGGGUCCACACGGGCCAGAAACCCUACACCUGUGCCGAGUGUGGGAAGAGCUUCAGCCAGAGCUCCAACCUCCUCAAGCACCAGCGCAUCCACACCGGGCUCAAACCCUAUGUGUGCAGCGAGUGUGGGAAGAUCUUCAGCGACAGCUCCACCUGCAUCAAACACCAGCGUAUGCACACGGGUGAGCGGCCCUACAAGUGCCCAGCCUGUGGGAAGAGCUUCAGCCAACACUCCCACCUCCUUCAGCACCAGCGAGCCCACGAUGGUGUCCGGCCUUAUGCCUGUGGGCAGUGUGGCAAACGUUUUGGGCAGAGCUCUGACCUCAUUAACCACGCUCGCACCCACACCGGCGAGAAGCCUUACAAAUGCAGCCAAUGCGGCCGGGGUUUCAGUGGCAACUCCAACCUCAUCAAACAUACCCGCAUCCACACCGGGGAGCAGCCGUACCGCUGCACCCAGUGUGGGGAAAGCUUUCGGUUCCAGCCCCAGCUGGUACGCCACCAGAAGCACCAUACGGAGUAGGUGAUGGAGAGGAGGCGGCCGUCUGCACCGUAGGCAGCAUCCUGGUGUUGGGAAGGCACACAGCUGCUUCCUGGACACCUCAGACAGGGCAUGAACUUGGGGGGAGGGAGCCCUCAGAGCCUGUCCCCUUUUGUUCCAGGUAAAUCUGUCUGUGAUCGCUGCCCAGACACUCGAGCAAAGAGGGAGGCCGCUGCUGAAAGAACUAGUGCAUGUUCACUGCAGUGUCCUGAGCCUGUCUUUGGGGGAUGGGGAUUAGAAAGGUGCUUAUACAGUAUGGUAUGUUCAAAGCUCAAGAGAGGAGGACAUAAGACAUGUUCCAAGGAUCAGUGCCUUUUUCUGUUACUUCUAGUGGGGAGUGAUCUUUAUCCCAGUAAAAACCAGCUAAAAUAUGUAUCUGUUUUCCUUACAAACUGCCUGGGAUUUCCCUCGUGGUAAGGCCACACCCUGGGAUGAUUGCUCCCCUUAGAAUCGACAUCUCCCACUUGAUGGUAUUCUUGGGUUUAGGUGGUGUUAGCAUCUAUUUAUUUUAAAACCCCACAUGUUGUGGGCCCAACUGAUGCUCUGCGGAGGCCAUGUCUAUGGAAUGGUAUUUUUGCUGGGUUGUGGUUGGGAAGUUGACAGUUCCACAAAUGACGUUGCUGUCUGACAGCUUAGUCCUCAGCAGGAAUUAAGUAAAUUAACAUCCUAAUAGGUAUUUCUCUCAGAUUCUUGUUUAGGUGCUUUUGUGGGUGGCACUUUAUGAAUGUUUUUAUAAGGCUUUUAAAAGUAUUUAGGAUGACUUUUUUAAUGGUGAUCUUCUAAUUGUCAGUUGAUGAACAGAAAAAGGAUGACAUUUGAAAAAUAAGCUAUGUCAGACUUUGAUUUUAUAUUAAAUGUUAAACAUUUUUUCUUGGAUAAAACUUUUUAACU